GUCAACUUCAGCAUCUGAAGCCAUUUUAGAUUUUACAUCAUGGAUUACAAGAUAAAAUAGAUGCAAAUGCACUUUUGAAAUACAUUGUGGGACAUUUUAAAACAUGCCGAAACGAAAAAAUCAUCCUGCGGAUGACUCAGAUGGCGAUCAGACGAUCCCCCUCCCAAUACAGUCGUUUUUCUGGCGACAAACAAGUCCUUUUAUAAGGCCAAAACUAGGAAAGCUAUGUGAAGCUGCUUGUGUGUCCUUAGAGAGAGUGGUGGUUCAGAAUAUUCUACAUGGCCUGUCCCCCAGUCUUUGUGAAGCCAUACAGAGUGUACCCAGAUGGAAGGUCAUUCAGGCAGCCUUCCCUCACGUCAUGCAUGCAUGUGCAGCUCUUAUUCAGCAAUGCAAACAGAGCGAUAGGGACACAGCUUUUGGUCCUAGUGAAGUGAAACUGCUGUACAUUCUACAUUGGAUAAUCCUUGAUGCUGCUUCAGAGUGUGAAGACUUGGAGACAGACCCCACUAGGAGUAGUGUCCCAGUACAGUUGCACUCUCUUUGUACUGUCCAGCUCUUGGUGUACCUUCUAGCCCCCGUGAUCCACCUGCUGAAGGACUCAGAUUUUCAGACUCUGAAGCUUGAGAAUGGUCUUCGAUUUUGGCAGCCAUUAUGGGAUUUUAGACAGCCAGAUAUACCAUGUUUCUCCACUCCUGUCAAACCACAGAGAAACAUACUCAAAGCUCAGCGAAAUUUGCUCAAAGUCAACACCAAUGCUGCAAAUAUCUAUGUCGGUAAAGGCACGUCCAGGGAAAAUUUGAACUUCUUACCUGAGCCACCAACAGCCAGUCGCAAGUCGAGUUUCAAUGAUCAACAAUCUAUACAUGCACCACUGGCAAGAAUGAGUGAUAUUUGUCCCAUGUCCACCGCAGAUUCACACUCGGUAAAUAUGGAGGUGUUAUGUGAGCAUUGUAACAAUGUGAUAUCUAGCAGAGAUUCUGAGGAGAAGCAUUGUCAGUGCAAGAGAAAAGAAAGUACAGAGACCUUUGUACCCAUUUUGUUUAACUUUCAAAUGUUACCCUCCUCUGUUGAUGAAGAUUUGGUGAAGCAGAGAUUAGCCAGUGCUGUCACAAGUGGAAUUAGAGGACCAACAGCUCCAGACAUACUGAGUGCCAGUUACUUUGAUGUAGCUGUUCUACGUUGUCUAUUCAGUCUGCAUUGGUCUGAAGAUGGUGUUUACUGGGCUUUGAAGUAUGUUCACCAGAGAUUGCUGGAAGUUUGUGAUGAGUAUGUAAGAAGGGAUUAUUCUGAGCGAGAGAGAAGCCAUUCACUACCCUUCCAAGAUUUUAAGCUCUUAAGAAGUCAGAGUAUCCCAUCACAUGGAAUAGAAAAAUCCCUUGUAAAACUUAAGAGUGGCUUGAAGAAGCCUUCCUCUAGACUUGAAACAAUUCCAAGUGCUGGAGAAAUUUCUCCAUUACUGGAACACAAGUUUCGGUCAAAUCAGGAGUCAGAUGCUAGUACUGACCACGCUUUAAAAAAAAUUAGAACUUCUAGUGCAGGAGACAAUAAAAGCCAGAAUGCCAAAGAAAUGAAGCCCAUGUUUUACCUUUCUGGGUCACCUACUAAAGAGGACAGUCCCCAUAGUCAGUUGACCAAUGAAUACUUAAACUUUGAAAAGAUGAGAAAGAAAGGAUUGAGGUAUAAUGAGAGGAUUUACGAACAAUAUCUGACAAGGAAGGAUGACUCCCCAAGUACAGCUGCACCAACUACACAGGACUUGGAUCAGGACCCCAGUAGUAAAGGUCAAAAAUCUGUGUCAUUUCCACCCUUUCUGACAAAAAAGGAGACAACUGAUGCUAAACCUAAGCAUUUAGGUUCUGACCGGGAUUCAUUGAUGACCAGUAGUCACAGUUCUUCAUCAUCACAGCUUGGUGAUUCUAGCCACGCAGAGACUCGGACGGGUACAGAAGGCCGGUCAGAUGUAAUGUCUUCCGAGGAUGAGAAACAGAAACCAAUGAUAAUGGUCACUGAGCAUGGUGUCUGGGACCGGCAGAGGAUAAGGAAUACAGUCAGUAAACCCAUGGAAGCAUCCAAUGGAAUAAAGGACAGGAAAGGUGAUAUUUUUGAGAAGAAUAAUGCCACCUGGUUGAAAGACACUGCCCAGAGGGAUAAAGUCUCUGCUAUGUUUUUUAUGGAUGACCAGCCUCAAAAUCAAAAGAAUGAGAAAGAAAAUUCACUUCCCCGCAGUAUGACAGACUCGGACAUUAACUACAGCCAUGUAGAGGAGGUCCAUGAAGUCCCAGGGUCUGUCCAUUAUAUACAGGACAAUGGCCACCUGAACUAUAAAGUCAUUUUACAGGCCAUUCACUUUAAUGCUCUGAACCAAGCCACACCAAGAGUGUGUGAGGUUUUGUUGAAUAUCAUCAAUUGUUUACUGGACUUGGAUAUUGUAGAGAGGAAACAGGAUGUAAAGGUACCAGACUCUCCAGAGAGUAAGAAGACUGAGGAAGACAGUACUAAAAGUACAACAUCAGACUCCUCACAGGAACAAUCAGCUCACGGACUGGCCAUGGACAGCUUGUUCAGCAUUUUUAAGGCUCUUGGGUGUCCUAAUGGUUGUGGAGAUGGAUUGAGGGGUAGUUAUGGCGACCACUUAAGGUUGAAAGGUCACAAGUGCCUACAGAGACUGCAGCAGAUCAACUCCAUAUUGUUCAGAGUUUACCUGAAGGAAACAGUGGAGAGAUGCUCUAUACAAGAGACAGUUGACUUUUUACAUGCCCUACUGGGUUUCUGCUCAGAUCCCACUCUCAUUCUCCAGCAGGGCCAAGGCCAAGAAAGAAAGAGGUCCUGUACCCAGCAGGACCCCCCAGUGAAUGGAUUCCAUAACAACUUUGGUCACAGUAUAGGAGGAGUUGGCUAUAGAGGAGAGGAGGGUGUACUAAUAGCCAACAUCCUGAAACCCUUUGUCUCCAAGUGUGUGGACAAUGCCAGGGAACUGUACGGGAGUGACAACAUAUGUUUGUUCUGUGAUAUUCGUCAGUUAAUGACUUACGUUAAGGAGGUCCACGGAGGAACAUUCAGACGGGUGGAGCUGAGUGGAUUGUUAGAUUCUACAAUGAAGCUGAAAAAGCAGGAAAAGGAAUCCAAAGUCAGAUCAGCAAUAGGAAUCAGGAGGACAACAUCACAGACAUCUGAGAGUGGAGAUGAUAUUGGGAAAACCUCAACAACGCCUAGUGAAGACCCUCCAAGUCGUAGCAAAGGAAGGAAGUCCAUAUUUAAAAAGAAACUGAAAAAGUCCCUAGCUCUUCAGCCAUAUGCCACGGCCAGUGAUUCAGAGCUUCUGGAAGAUUCCAAAAACAAGAAUGCCACGACGGACGAUGAGUCUGUACCAAACACCUCCAGUACUGGGAGGAGACGAUUCAGCAGGUUCCACUUAGGAUUUAGACGCCCCAUGAAGCCUGACCACGAGGAAGAGGCCAUGAGUGACCCCCCACCUUUGGACAGGAGGGAGAGUAAAAGUGAUCUACAGACCUCCCGGAUGAAGUCGAAGAUGUCCUUCAAGACGGCCAGCCAGGCCACCAUUACUUUUCUCAGUGCCCGAAAGAGGAUCGAGGGGGGACUGAAAAGUCUGGGCAAGCGGAUGAGUAAGAGAGGAAGUGUGGACGACUGGAAGCAGAAAGAGAUAGCCCAGGUGGAGGAUGCUGAGAAUGACUCAAUCAUUGUGAAGGAGAAGAAACUGGUGGACAAGUUCCUCAUCAAGUCGGGGAUGCUGAGGUUUUCUUUCCUGUUGGAGUGUGCCCCUCCUGGAGCUAUUCCUGACCCUCAGCUUGUGGCUGCUAUGCUAGAACUGGAAGCUCCAGUUGUUGCAAGGGCUGCAUUACUUCUAGAAUGUGCCCAGUUUAUACACCGCUGUAACCAUGGAGACUGGCCUAAUUGGAUGAGACUCAAUUUGCCCAGUUUUCGUCAGUCUACCUCUGCACUUCAGAAUCGUGGGCAGCCUUCAGGGUACAGACGGACUCUGGCUCUACAGAAAUCAGCAGGAAGGAUGUUUUAUAAAUGGGCAGAGAAUCUGGGGAGUAUGAUGGAGUACAUUUUGUCGAAAGAAUACAAGGAUCGGUUAAAUAUAAUCAGUGAUGUUCACAGUGAGUCCAGGAAGAGGGAACUACGUAUUUCUGAUGAAGAGGAGGACUUCCUUGAUGAAGGCACUGUUAAUGAAAAAGGGUCUGAGUGUCCAUAUGCACUUAAAAUGGCUGCCUGUCUGGUACUUCAAGAGAUCACAACAUUUUUAAGGGAAACAUUCAGAGAUCUACCAAAAGGUCGCGGGGCCAGGCAAGUGUGGGACCGUCCAACCAGCGCCACUAGGAGGUGGAGCAGCAUUGUCAGCAGUCCAGGGCAUUCCCAGAGUUCUGAGUCCAACAUGGCUGACAUUCCACAUUCAUCAUCAGCUGUGGUUGGGAGUCCGAGUGGAGACAACAGUAGGAAGAUAAGUUUUGCUGUCCUUGGAGAGAGAUCAGACUCGCUACAUAGUAGCACUACCUCAAUCUCUAUGAUGGCGGACCCUUCAGUAUCACCCAACAUCCACAGUGAUGACAAAAAGGGGCGGAAAUUAGCCACCACUAGACCGAAGAUCAAACUUUUCAGGGGAGGAUCUGGAAACAAUUCAAGCUUCAGACUGAAAAAGGGCUUACAACAAAAACAUGGAAGUAGUUUUAAGAGAUAUGGCAGUCAGAAGUCUCGUAAAGUGAGCAGCCAGUCACAGUUUUCAGACAGAGGGACCGAGGAAGAUGUCGGAGUAGAGGACACAGAGUCCCUUCUCAGUGAUGAGAAUGAGGCCCCAGAUCAUGACGAGCCUAACGAUGUCACCCUCUGUCACAAUAUGCCGUGGAUUAAGGUUGUAGUACAGCUUGCUAAUUUAUCCAACUUCAUCUGUUCUCAUCAAAACUUCUGUCACCCAAACUGCUACGAGCGCCAGAGAAGAUCAUGUUCCAGACUCAUCACAGCUCUGAAGAAGAUUUAUCAAUCCACGGAAAAUGAGGAGGAGGAAAAGAAGCAGGAGACGAAGAAGGAUUUCCUCAAAGAGAGGCUCAAGAGGAGGGGAUCAAUAUUUCAACAAACCUCCCCUACUUGGAGAAGGGAGAGCACUCCAUUGCUGGAGAAAAUCAAGACUGAUGUCUCAAUGACUAAACUAAAGAUGACGUCGACUUGGAAAAAAGAGGACAAACCAAAGGAGAUCAAGGAAGAUUCUGCAAUGAUAAAAUACAUUACAUCACAGGCCCAAAAACUGACCCAGUGUCCCAUGGGAAUCAUUGCUAAAGCUGCACCCAUUUUGUCUGAGGAGAAUCUUAUUGACAUCAUUCCUGUGGCCUGGGAACUGAUUCUAGAGACUGAUCAGGAAUUGGCUGCCUCUGCUGCUUCUGUGUUUCUACUGACCUCUGUGAAGUGCCCUGACAAGGCCCAGAAACUGAUUGUGAAAGAAAUGCAGCAUGAGGAUACCACACAGAGAAUUAAUGCUAUUUUAAGAUUUGGAACAUUGUGGAAAUUUAGGCAUCAAGUCUGGCCAAGAAUGGAAGAUGGAGCAAACAUGUUCUUCAAGGUGCCCCCUCCCAAUAUAGACUUCACCUUGCCAUCUCCUACUAUAGGAUUGCCCUCUCAGACUGUGGUGGACCCUCCCUGGACCCCUCACUUUAAGGCUAAGAUAGAGGAAGUCACUGUUAAUCAAGAGGGAACAAAAUCCUUAGUGACAGCCACAACAACUAGAAGAAAGGAGCAGCAGGAGAUGAUCAGGAAAGCUUUCCAGGCUGAGGAGGAGCGCAAGAGGGUGGGUCGAGAACGUUUUCCCAUGACGACCAUCCCUGUCAAUCAUCUAGCAGCGUACGAGCCGGCUAUCCAUCACGGAAGUGAGGAACAUGAAGAAGCUGUGAUGACAGAUGAACUUAGCAACCUGGCUGCUCGGCGUGUAUCUAUGGCUCCCAUCAAUCGAGCUAACUUACAAAGUCGUAGCAUGUCAUGGAGGAAUGGUAGUGUCUAUUGGGCAAGGCUGGAAGGUGAGGAGGAACGCCCAGAACAUCUCCAUCACAUGCAGCAGGCUCAGACAUUCUUCCCUUCCUGUAUUUGUGCUGCCGUCCUUCCUGUUAUACACCUGCUGGCUGACGGAGACGUGAACAGCGACGGUGUGUCUGUUAACGAGGUGGCAGAGAAGGUGAUCUGGAAUUGUAUGGUGGAGGAUCCAGUGUUAUUUCUCAGACACUUUCUUGAGAAACUCACCCACAGAGAUAAACUGGAGGAAUUGCUUUUUUUGAUGAGAAAACUAGUGCUGCACUACAAAGAGCUACCAGCGCAGAUGGCACAUGCUCUUUUUAAUUAUCUGAUUGGGUAUGUGAUGUUCUAUGUGAGAUCACCUUGUGCAGGCAGUCAGGAGGCCAUAGCAGGUGCCCUAGCUCUGGUCUGGCAGGUUAUACCCAGUGUAGAUGGGAUCUACUUUAAGGAUUUGAAACAAACGCUCAAAAAGGAACAAUGUGAUCCAUACAUUUUGAUCUCUGCUAAUGUUCCUAGUGCUAAAAAGAUCUUGAUUCAUGGCCCUGAUGAAGCCAGUAUUCCCUCACAACUUCCUAUACAUGAGGACACUCAGUUUUCUCAGAUUUUACAAGACAGUCUGGAUUUCUUCAACAUUCCCGAGGAAGAUUAUCCAUUGUACUUCUUGGUGGACACCAAAUCAAACCAAAUACACAACCUAAACUCCUAUGUCAGAGACUUUUACUUUUUCCGCCGGAAUUUUUAUCCUCAGCUUAGUUUGGUUGCAAUUGAUCCAGAUAAUGCAAUGGCAUCACUGGAAAGACAGGCUUUUACCCUGAAGUUUGUGGAAAUAGGAAAGAUUCUUUUCACAACCAAUGUCUUGAAAAGCACACCUUUGCAUCAGAUUCAGAAUCACGUUAGUUUCCUCCACGAAGAAUUGCUGAAGUUGCCAUCAUUUCCUAGAAAGGCGUUAGAAGCUGAGUUCAGUCUGUACAAUGGGAAAGGAGGAGAGGAGAUCUAUGGUUUGGACACUCUACAUAAAUUCUCAUGGGUGAAGCUGAUAGCCACGCUGUUUUCCUCCAUGUCUAACUCGUUUUCAUGGAGUAACGACCUUCAGUUGUUCCUCAAUGUCAUCAAUGGCUGUAUUAUCCUUCACUGUGAGGACACGGCUCUCCUUAGAUUCUGUCUGGCUUCGCUGAUCAACACAUCCAGGCACUUUAAACAUGUCUUCUCCAUGAAUGGGUUUAUGCAUGUGAUGCCCACACUUUUGAAGACCUACAGUAACAAUCAGCCAAAUCCAGUGUUGUGUCAAGCCAUAGAGUUUGUGUGUAGACAGUUUUACAUACUCCAUCGCAAGCCAUUCAUACUUCAGAUGUUUGGAAGUAUAGCCAACAUGUUGGACAUGACUUCCAAAGACACCGGAAUGAUUGACUGCAGAAAGAUACAACCUGGCUGUUUGUUUAAGCUGUUGCUCUCCCUAGAGAAACCAGACUGUGCUGACAAUUUGAGUGUCUUAGAAUUGGUGGAUGGUGAAAAACCUCUCCAGGCUCUUGACUUUUGCUAUGAGAAUGACCCUGAUAGAUUGUCCAUGAUUGAGGUCAUCAAUCUGUGUGUAACAGUUAUAGCUUAUGCCCCGGACUCUUUUAGAAGUGUUCAGAUGUUGACCAUCCUAGAGGUAGUGGUGUCUAAAUAUGUCCAACAUGUGAAAAGUGAGACAAUUCGUGUGGAUAAACCACACGCGGCUCAGGCAGAAGUGUCUGCUAUCAAUGAUGUAGGCAUAGCUAUGAGGGCUCUCAUCAGCUCUUGUGAAUACUUUACCAGGAGUAUGGCACUACCAAGACAGAUAGAAAAUGAGAAAGCUAACCCUAAAAGUGUCGCCAGCAAUCACUCACCUCUUGGAGGAACUAGUUACUAUGACGAUAGAGAAGACUCCCACAUCAGUCGCCAUGUUGAGGAGGGAAGGAAGAAGCAGUAUACACAGGAGACAGAGGACACAGAACUGACCAAUGAAUUCAGGAAACCCCGGGAUUUAUUCCUGACGGUCAUCGCUGAGUUCUACAGCACUUGUCAGCCUCGACUGAGAAGUAAUGAGCUGAGGAGGAUGUUAGUCGACGCUGCCUCACGACCUCCAACCGAGUUACUAGACCAUAAAUCUCACAAUAGAUUGGCAGAAAUAGCUAAUACACUGCUAAAGUUAGCCCCUUAUGAUCCUCAAACACUCAGCUGCACUGGACUUCAGAGGUAUAUGAUGGAAAUACUACCACUGACAAACUGGAAGCAAGAAGCAGUGAGGCCUGGACUGAAUCUGAUCCUCAGACGCCUCGAUCGACUUUUUAACAAAAUCUCUAAAAAGUCCUCACUCAGGAGACAGGCAGACUGGAAUGCAGCAGCCAACCUUCUACAAGGGGUGUUCAGCACUAUGAGGAAGAAUCCAGAUCUGAGCCAUUUCCAGCACACCAAGACCUUUGUCAAUGCUCUGUUGGUGAUCGUAUUGGCUGGUCCAGGGGCACCUGUAUUACCUGACACUUCCUCCGGCAUACAUGGUAGCCAUCGCAGCGAGUUUGGUACUGUGUUUCAUAUUGUACCUCCUGCUUUUUGUUCAGCUGUGGUCAAACUAGUAGCCAUGCAGAUGCAAGCUUUAGGGGAUCAAUUUUCCCUGGAACAGAUUUGUGGAGGAAGUGUAUUUUCUUCACAUGAAAAGUGUAUCAAUAUGCUGGUUAAUUUUAUUCUUCCUCUCUGCAUAAGAUUGGGAUGUGCAAGGAGGGGUGACACACCGAAGCUAAGAUCAGACAAUGUCUCGUUUGCCCUGACGGUGAUUUUGAAUGUUCUGUGUCCUCCUGCUAGAAUCCCACAACAGCAUCAACAGAAUUCCACUGCAAAAUCUGUGAUCCACCACAUGUCUUUCACAGAGAAUCACAGAUGUAGCAGCUUCGGUCAAGCAGAUAAAAUUCACAGACCAGAAAAUCAGCUGCUCCUAAAUGUGGCCUACUUAGGUCUGGAGAUCUUGAUGGUGUGCUUUGAUCGAAUCCUGUCCUCUGAGUGGCACAAGGUCACAAAGGUGAUCCAGGAUAUAGGCAGUAAAGGAAAAGUAUCUUUACCACUGUGGAGAUUUGUGGACUUUUUGGUCACCCAUAGACCUUCGUGUUUCUUGAUGCUGCAGCCCUUCAUACUCUACAAGAUGAUGAAGAUAAACUGUGACACUGCCCAGGAAUACUACCUACAGCAGGCCAUAAAAGACAAAAUGCAGGGAUUUUCCUUCUCACAUCCAAAGUGUUCUGCCACAGUCUUACUGCAGCUGGCUGUGGACCUACAGCAUCUCAAGGAGGAGUUCUAUAAUGUGGGAGAGGUGCGUUCUCUGGAUGCUGACCUCCCUCACAAUCAGUAUGAGCAGCGAGCCAGUGUAACAGACAUAGCAAUUGAUUUGAUUGGAUUAUCUCUUGGACCAACAUUGGCAGCUGGUGGAAAAUUCCCCAGUGCCACCAUUUUGUCCCAGCCAAGUUCUAGCACGAGUCCUCCAUUUAAAGCCACUGCUGUGGCCUCAAGUAUUGAGAGUGACAGUCCUACACAUACAAACCCCAAGGCUAGUCGACGAAUCUCGGCCAAAGAGAACCUUAGUAUUCUGGAGAGAUUUCGUAAACCAACAAUGGAUGACAUUUCACCAUUGGAUUCCACUGGACCGGAGGUUUGUUCUUUGUCCAGACAGCCAGCUAUAUAUAGAUCUACUGACACUGUGUCCAGACAGAGUAGUAUAGAUGAGGCAAUACCCCCCGCUGUAAUGUACCACGCCAAUGAACUGGAGACACCCAAUGGACUUGCCAAACAAACAAUCAGCCCAGAUCUAGAUCCAAAGAUCCAUCGUCUACAAAGGCAAGAUGUAAGAAGCAGAAAAACAUUCAAGCGCAAAAAGGCAACAAAAGCCCCAAGUAUGAAGCGACUAGGAGGUGUGGGUGAUGACCUGAGUGAAGGAGAGGCUGGUAGUUCUGAGAGUUCUCCUGCUCGUAGAACCUACAGCAUGCGACGCACAAAUUACGACAGCAUCACCUCUUACCAAGACAGGUCAUCUUACGUUAGAGAGAUUUCCCGCAGCCACCAAGGAUUUACAUCACACCCAGGAUUUCCUGAGAUGUCCCGCAUGGUUAAUACACGGUCUAGCUGGGGCAGUGGUACAGAAAGGAGUCGUGCCCAGCACAGGGGUAGCUUAGCCCAAUCUGAACAUGGCCCACAUUCUGCAAGGGGAGAAGUCAAGACUAAUAGACAGAGGUACAUACAGCGCUCCAAAUCACAUGAUGACCCUCAUGGUGACCAAAAUGCCCCGUCUGGUUCAGCCCGGGGAAGAAUUGCUCGACAAGGGGGUCGAAUUGUCCACUCCCGCUCUCCAUCUUCCAGCCCGGCCAGAGGUUCCAGACAACCCAUAGACUGGACAACCAGAGCUCAAAGAGAACCCAUAGAUGGGACAACCAUAGCUCAAAGAGAGCUGAUAGAUGAGACAACCAGAGCUCAAAGAGAACCGAUAGAUGGAACGACCAGAGCUGAAAGUGGCACCCAAAACUCACAAUCACAAGGAAUUACCUCCCCAAUAGUAAGACGCCCAGCUAAAAGGGUCAAGUCCCCCACUUCUCCCCCUCUGGGCUACAGGAUGAGCUCUCCACCUUCUAGUCCAAUCCACAGAAGUCAAGCCUACAUUUCACGAUAUGACUCAAGUGACUCUCUUAAUGCCAAUGAGAGCUCAGCACUCAUCAAAGACGAGAACGAUUCCAGUCGGUCACAGUCGUCAGUCUGUAUUUACUUUGAUGACUUUGGGAUCAAAGACACAUUAGUCUAAACACAUAAUUUAGGAAAUUCAUAGAUUUGUUUGUACAGUUGUUGUAUUGGCGUUGUGUGUUAAGGGUUGGUGUUAAUCCUCUAGAUAGAUUUGUGCUAGGCUAGCCAGAGCAUGAUAAAACUUGGUAGAGCUUAGUUGAUGUAUACCAUCAUUAUGGACAUUGUCUGCCCAGAUCAUAAAAACACUGAAUUCAAAAAGAAAAUUUUGUCAGUGGAAUUACAAAUGUCAAAAAAAAAUUGUCAGCCAACAAUAGUAUUGCUUUAGUUACUGUAAAUCACCAAAUUUGUGACAUUUCCGCGAGAUAGGCAUAUGGCAUUUAUAAGUAAGACAAAAUUUUCACAAAUACCGAGUAUUGUCGUAUAUAUUUUUCAUUAAUAAAAAUAAAUGCGAGAAGGACAUUUUCACAAGGAGACUCUCUCGCAAAAUUAUGCCAAAAUAAAGUUCUCAUGAAUAAAAAAUGAUUUACAGUAUCAUUAUGAAAUCAAACAUUCACCAUUCUCAUACCAGAAAUUUCACCCUCAAAUGGACAAUUUUUGAAUCCAGUAGAUUCAGUCAAUCAAAGACAUAUUUAUUGAAAUAUUUUUUCAUCCUUAAGUUCAGUACCAUUUGCUAAGACAUUCAGUAUCAAUAUCUGGUAAUGGCAAUAUAUCACAACCUUUAAAUCAACAAAGAGCCAAAAUAGUAUCUCACACGAUUGGGAAAAUUAGAAUGUUUAAUUAUUUCUGUCACAUUUGGUUUUUUUGACAAUUCUCAGAUUUAUUUUAGUUUUGUGCCAAAAUAUUUACAGUGCAAUAUUUUUACAUUAUAAAUUUACAACUGACUUUCUAUUUGUUAUACAGAGUGUUAUUUAAUCUUUUUUAUAUAUUAAAAUUCAAUACUACUGAUUCAAUAUUUGACUUUUGUAUUUUGUGAAACUGAUACUUUAAAUUAUUGCUGUCUUUUUAAGCAAUACCUCAAAAUGUGAUUUUGGUAUUUACAGUGAUUAUUUUACAUAAAAAUUUUAACAAGUGUGGGAUAGCACAUAACAAAAUCGUUCAAUUUAUUGAAUUUUCUUCUAUAUACUGUAGAGGUACUUUCUUCCAUGGGGUCAUAAUUCCACGGAAUCACAAUACUGGUCAAUCCUUAGGUAGAAAAUUAAGUGGAUUUCUUGGAAUGUCAUAACAUGUCCUCAAUGCAUUUUUAGCUCUUCUGAGCCAAAGGCUCAAAGAGCUAAUGCUAUGGCCAUUUGUGCGGUGUGCGUAAACUUUUUAGAAUAUGGGCCAUAACUCAAGAACCCCUUGGCCAAUUAUUGUCAAAUUUGUCACAGGGUAUCCUUGGCCCAAGGGCUCCCUUUUAUACUAAAACUGGGGUUGUGACCCUUUAACAAGGGGAGAUAAUUAGGUAAAUAGAAACAAAAGUACUAGUUGCUAAAAAAUCUUCUUCUCAAGAACCACUGGGCAGAUUAUCACCAAACUUACACAAAAGGAUGAGGAUAUGUUGUAGAUUAAAAUUUGCAUGGGGAUUUACCCUGGGGCAAAGGGCGUGGUCUCAAGGUCACUUCAAAGUUGACCAAAAAUUACAUUUUAUUAAAAUGUUGAUAUUUUGCUUACUAUAAGGACUAGGAACAUCAAAUCUUGUCAGUUGAUUAUAUAAGGACCUCAUAUCAUGUUGACUCAAAAGUAGGUCACGGUGUCCUACUUUUUAAAUUUUGCAGCCAUUCUUUUUCAAAAUGAUUUAGAGGCAUAUUUUGAACAAUUUAAUGCCUAUGAUCAUCAAACUUUGUCAGUUGAUGCAUCUUGGGUCCUCGAAGUACGUCAACUAAAAAGUAGGUCACCUUGACCUACUUUUUGAAUUUUACGAUUAAUCUUUUUCAAAACAAUUAAGGUCAUUAAUUCAAAUACUGAGAGGUUUAGAAUCAUUAAAUCUUGUAUGAUGAUGCAUCUUGGGGCCAUAAAACAUAUUUAUUAAAAAGUAGGUUACAGUGACCUACUUUUUGAACUUUGCAGGCAUUCAAUUUCAAAGCGUUUUAGAGGCGUAAUUUGGACAUUUUAAAGCCUAUGAUCAUAAAACUUUGUAAGUUGAUGCAUCUUGGGUCCUCAAAAAAUGUCGACUAAAAAGUAGGUCACCAUGACCUACUUUUGAAAAUUUAUGGCUUUAAUUAAAUAUUUCAGGUACUAAUUGGCUUAGAAUCAUCAAACUUUGUCAGUUGAUGCAUCUUGGGUCUUCGGAGUAGGUCGACUGAAAAGUAGGUCACCAUGACCUACUUUUGAAAAUUUAUGGCUUUAAUUAAAUAUUUCAGGUACUAAUUGGCUUAGAAUCAUCAAACUUUGUCAGUUGAUGCAUCUUGAGUAUUCGGAGUAGGUCGACUGAUAAGUAGGUCACCGUGACCUACUUUUGAAAAUUUAUGGCUUUAAUUAAAUAUUUCGGGAACUAGUUGGCUUAGAAUCAUCAAACUUUGUCAGUUGAUGCAUCUUGGGUCUUUGGAGUAGGUCGACUGAUAAGUAGGUCACCGUGACCUACUUCUGAAAAUGUAUGAAUUUAAUUAAAUAUUUCGGGUACUAAUUGGCUUAGAAUUAUCAAACUUUUUUCAGUUGAUGCAACUUGGGUCCUCGGAAUAAAACAACUGAAAAGUAGGUCACUUUGACCUAAUUAUAAAAUUUUAUGGUUAUAAUUUUAAAAAAAUAUUUUAGGUAUUAAUUGGCUUAGAAUCAUCAAACUUAGUUGAUGGGUCCUCAGAGAAUGACAAGUGAUAAGUAGGUCACCUGACCAACUGUCUGGUACUAGUUGGCUUAGAAUCAUCUUGGGUUCUCGGAAUGUGAAUUGGAAUUUCAAGGGUUUAUCUAAACAUACAGGAUACUUAGAGGUUUCAAAUAGAAGUGAUAGGUUGUACAGUUUAUCAGAAGAGCGAUUCAAGGCCCUUGGGCCUCUUGUUAGGAUGCUGUGACAAAUUUCCUUGGAAAUAUUGUGACCAUAUUUAGCUAUACAUAGCGUAAAUUUAUCUCACGUGGGAAAAAGUAUGUCUGCAAUAAAUAGAAUUAUUUGUACACAUUAACUUGUAUAACAUCUUCACUAGCUAAGUAUUUCUGAUUAUGCCUCUAUAAUUGUACAAAUGAUCAAUUUGCUGUGGUAUAUAAACAAUGAAUACUUGAAGGUUGUGGUCAAAAGCAUAAAUAAAUUUUAUUUCAAAUAAACUUGCAAUAGUUUCAAAAUGUUGAAGUUUUAAAAGCCAAUAUUCUAAUAGAAAUAUAUAUAUCAUGUAUCAGUAUUGUUGAAUUAAAAUAAAAAUUUAUUGGUUUA